GCACAGUGAAUCUCUAGUGGCCGCUGCCUGGAUCCCUCGGGGCUCUUGUACUCUACCCUCUCCCUUCUCCUUCUUCAAUGCCAUCUCCAAUGUUUAUCCUGUUCUGAGGCAGGAUGGAAUGUCCCCAGUGCUUUCCCAGUCACAUCAUCAGUCCUACCUGGAGCUCCGAUCCUCAACUUUAAUUCUGUCUUCAUCCCAAUUCCCGCACCAACCUCUGAAUCAGGCCCAGAGUCAUCAGGCCUGAUCUCUCCCAGCCCAACUGUCUGCUUUUUUACCCCACACUAGGGAUACUGGAACAUCCUCCUAUCAACCAAGUGGUAAAACGCAAGGCCUUCCCACUGAAAUCCAACACAUAGAAAGAAUCAUUUAAGAAACAGCUAGAAAGUGGGUUGGCUUAACCCCAUAUGGUCCAGAGACCUCAAGUAGUCUGUGAUGUCUUGGCCCACAACCUUUCCCAAGGCUUGGCAGUGCUGGUCCUUCCUGACAAUUUCCUGAUCAGCCCCGAGCUCCGGGAGAAACUAGAAGAACAUAUUCAAAAAUGGCUCAGUCAACACGAAUGGCAAUUGCCCCCUAGUAUGCAAGAGUCUCUGGAAAGGAGGCCUCCUCAGAAGAAAUUAAUAGGGGCAUAUAUUGGUAGAAACAUGUCUGCCUUCUCACAAUCCUUAGUGUCUAGGAGCAAAAAUAGCAGGGAUGCCCAGAAGGUGAGGUUCCAGGUAGCAAAGGAAUCUGGCAAGAAUCUGGGGCCUAUUCUGGAAAAGAUCCUAAAGGAUCCACCCAUGAGUUUGGUAAAAGCACCAGUGAGAGCGCUGGAAGUAUGCAUUCCUGGGCCAGAAAGAAAGCAAGAGAAAUAUGUGAGGAGAGACCCAAUAAAAAACUCAAUAAAAUACAAAAAUAUAGAAAACACCCUGAAAACCCAUUUGGGCACAAAAUCAGAGCAGAUCAGCCAAGGCCUGAUCCCUCUGAGUGUCCGUCGAUCCUGGCUUUCAAUGAACAGUGGUUUUUCCACAUCUGAAACCCAUAUGGAAACCAGAAAUACAACAUCUUCAAAGAGUUUUAAAAAACUCCUGAGCUCUUCUCAGAAGCUCACCUUUCUCAGUCUAGGUACUCUGCAGGACCUGGAGGCACAUGUCGUAAAAUUUUGGGCAAAGCACAGGUGGGGCCUUCCCCUCAAAGUGCUGAAACCUAUAAAGCUCCUUAAGUCCUUGCCCAUUGCACUAUGUGCUUGGCCCUACCUAUCCCCCUGUUUGUCUGUGGCCAACUCAGCAGUUGAGGUGGUCAGGUUACCAGGAAAACCAUCUCAGACAUGUUUGAGAGAGGUAAUAACAGUCAUCAUCUUCACUAGGGAGUCUGAUCCUUCUCUCUCCUUCCUGUAAGGAAAUCGAGAGGGCCCUGAUACAGAUGCCAUCUGGUACUGACCAAGAGCCUUCAAAGGCCCUCCCA